UUUUGUUUGUUUUGUGGUGUUAUGUUCAUGUGGUAGUCCGGGCUUUCUCUUUGCUGUUGAAGGAUCUCAACCUUGUGAAUAAUGUCUUUCCGUCCUGAGGACCAUGGAUUGGACCCAUCCUUUCGCCUAACUCGCUUCACCAAAUUGAAGGGAUGAGGCUGCAAAGUCCCUCAAGCAGAGCUGCUCACUUUUCUUGAGGGACUCGAUCGUGAGGCUGGUGGUGGCCUGGGGAUCGGCUUGGAUAGCUGUGUGUUGCCCACGCGGCACAAAGGAAUAUCGCUCGUGCAGACAACGGAUUUCUUUUAUCCGCUCGUCGAGGACCCCUACAUGCAGGGCAAGAUCGCCUGUGCCAAUGUCCUCAGUGAUCUGUAUGCGAUGGGGGUUAGUGAGUGUGAUAACAUGCUAAUGUUGCUGGGUAUAAGCACAGACUUGUCGCACAAGGAGCGGCACGUGGUCACUCCACUCAUGAUCAAGGGGUUCAGUGAUCUUGCCAAGGAGGCUGGCUGCAGCGUCAACGGUGGACAGACUGUGCUUAAUCCGUGGUUCAUCAUUGGCGGUGUUGCAUCGAGUGUGUGUGCCGAUGGUGAGUUCAUCAUGCCGAAUAGCGCUGCGGCCGGUGACGUGCUAGUGUUGACUAAGCCAAUCGGCACGCAGAUUGCUGUCAACGUACACCAGUGGCUGGAUGAGCCCGCGAACUGGACUAAGGUCGAUGGCAUCAUCUCGCGCGACGAUGCUGAGGUCGCCUACACGGCGGCCAUGAACUCAAUGGCACGGUUAAACAGGACAGGUGCCGCCAUGAUAAAGAAAUACGGUGCCCAUGCCGCCACGGACGUCACCGGCUUUGGUAUCAAGGGCCAUGCCACGAACUUGGCCGAGUUUCAGAAAGCGCCCGUCUCCUUCCGCAUCCAUUCUCUCCCGAUCAUUGCCAAGAUGGCGGAGUGUGCCAAGGCGUGUGCCGAGAACGGCCUGAACUUCAAGCUGGUGGAGGGCUUUUCGGCGGAGACGUCAGGUGGUCUGCUGGUUGCCUUGUCCCCGGAUAAAGCCAGCGCUUUCUGUGAAGAGAUGCAGUCUGUUGACGGGUGUCCAGCAUGGAUCAUUGGUGAUGUUGUGGAUGGUGAUAGGACAGCUACCAUAGAUGCCUCUCCUAAAAUCAUUGAUGCAUAGAUGUAAGCAUAGACAGAGCUGAGUUUUUUAUAGAUAAUUUUCAAUAGACAUUUUCCUAUCUGAAUUUUCCCUUCUUGUGCUGCUACCUUCUGACUGCUGCUUUUGUUCUCUUUACUUCUAGUGUGUGUCCUGUGGUCACCUUUGCCUAGACUUUCGUUCUCGGAUGAGACUGAGCACCUCAUUGGGAAGCGAUGUGUUCCAAGUGCAGGGGGCCGUCAGCUGGGGAUUGUUUGGCAUCAGGUCGGCACGAGUGACGCAAGACUGGCUCAACUGCCUGAUGUGGUGGCGCCGUCUUGCCGAUUACGCCUGUGUAUGGCGUUUGCCUUGGUCCUGUGUGCUUGUGCAACCCCUCUGACUUUCUGCAGGCCACACAGCAGAUUCUUGAAGACGUUCUAAUAGCUAACACAUCCUCAUCCCCAUCUCUUUCUCUAGAAUAUGUCGUACACUUUGGCCUCCUGCAGGCUGUAACUGGAUGGUGCAACCAGUAUUUGAUAUAGUUAGGUCAUUUUUUAGAUCUGCGUUCUACCCGUUUUAUGAAUUUUUAUCACUGGUUUUUGCAUCAUCACAUGUAUACCCAUGCGUUGACUUUCUGGCUGGCAGGUUCCAGCAGAUAA